AAACAGAGGCAUGACGAGGAGGCACUGAUUGACCAGGGGAGAAGGAGCAACGGUGCCAAGAUUCACUAUGAGAAGGAGGAGUUGGAAGGCCACCGGACCCUGUACGCCGGCGUGCAGAUGCCGCUGGUGGGGCAAUGCCACCGGCAUCACCGACCCCACAAGCAGAAGCAUCGGGAACAGGAGGAGGACUGUGCCCCGACGGAGCGGGGCUACCACUGCACCCCGUCCCAGCGGGUGCAGUUCAUCCUCAGGACCAAGGAGGACGAGCAGCAUGUCCCUCACGCCUUGUUCACCGAGCUGGAUGAGAUCUGCGUGAAAGAGGGCGAAGAUGCCGAGUGGAAGGAAACGGCAAGGUGGCUGAAGUUUGAGGAGGACGUGGAAGACGGCGGCGAGCGCUGGAGCAAGCCCUAUGUGGCCACGCUGUCCUUGCACAGCCUCUUUGAGCUGAGGAGCUGCAUCAUCAAUGGCACGGUGCUGCUGGACAUUAGUGCCAACAGCAUCGAAGAGAUCGCAGAUCUGAUCCUGGGCCAGCAAGAACAGCUCACGGAGUUUGACGAGCGCACGCGGGCAAAAAUUGGAGAAGUUCUUUUGAAGAAGCACCACCAUCAGAACGAGAAGAAAAGAAACAACCUUCUCCGCUCGUUUGCUGAUGUGAGCAAGAAGGGGUCGGACCUGCACCUCCUCGACAAGCCAGCUCAAACACUUACCCCUCAUCCUUCUCCCACCACUGUGGAAGCUAAAAAUGGGGUGAACCAUGAGACCAGCACAACGGAUUUAAGCAAGGCGGAGCUGCACUUCAUGAAGAAAAUUCCCAGCGGGGCUGAAGCGUCCAACGUGCUCGUAGGAGAGCUGGAUUUCCUUCGCCAGCCCAUCGUGGCAUUUGUCCGCCUGACCCCGGCUGUCCUCCUCUCGGGCAUGACGGAAGUUCCCAUCCCAACAAGGUUCCUGUUUGUUUUGCUUGGACCAGAAGGAAAAGCCCAUCAGUACCAUGAGAUCGGCAGGUCCAUGGCUACUAUCAUGACGGAUGAGGUUUUCCAUGACGUCGCCUAUAAAGCCAAGAACCGGGCUGACCUCGUGGCCGGCAUCGAUGAGUUUCUGGAUCAGGUCACGGUCUUGCCGCCUGGAGAGUGGGAUCCAUCGAUCCGAAUCGAGCCCCCGAAAAACGUCCCUUCGCAGGAAAAAAGGAAGAUGCCAGGAGCUCUCGAUGACAGUGCUUCUGACAGUGAGCCAGAGAAGCACAGCGGUCCUGAACUGGAGCGGACGGGAAGGCUCUUUGGAGGUUUGAUCCUGGAUGUGAAGCGAAAAGCCCCGUGGUUCUGGAGCGACUUUCGGGAUGGUCUGAGGCUGCAGUGUCUGGCGUCCUUCCUCUUCCUCUACUGUGCCUGCAUGUCCCCUGUCAUCACCUUUGGGGGACUGCUGGGGGAGGCGACCGAUGGCCACAUAAGUGCCAUGGAGUCGCUGCUGGGCGCCUCCAUGACCGGCGUGGUGUUUUCCCUCUUUGCUGGCCAACCUCUCACCAUCCUCGGCAGCACCGGACCCGUGCUCGUCUUUGAGAAGAUCCUCUACAAAUUCUGCAAGGAGUACACGCUCUCCUAUCUCUCUCUGCGGGCAUGCAUCGGGCUGUGGACCGCCUUCUUCUGCAUCGUGCUGGUGGCCACCGACGCCAGCUCUUUGGUGUGCUACAUCACCCGCUUCACCGAAGAAGCCUUCGCCUCCCUCAUCUGCCUCAUCUUCAUCUACGAGGCUCUAGAGAAGCUGAGUCACCUGCGGGAGACCUACCCUGUGCACAUGCACAGCCAGCUCGACUUCCUCACCAUCGACUACUGUAAGUGUGAGGCACCGACGCAUCCCAGCAAUGAAACCCUGCGUUUCUGGGAGAGCAACAAGAUCAACGUGUCUGGCAUCGCCUGGGAAAACCUCACGGUGACCGAAUGUCGGUAUUUGCAUGGAGAGUUUCAAGGACCUGCCUGUGGACCCAAUGGCCCCUACACGCCUGACGUCCUCUUCUGGUGCUGCAUCCUCUUCUUCUCCACCUUUGUGCUGUCGAGCUUACUGAAGAAGUUUAAGACCAGCCGAUACUUCCCAACCAGAGUACGGUCCACAGUAAGCGACUUUGCUGUUUUCCUCACCAUCGUCGUCAUGGUGCUCAUGGACUUCAUGAUUGGGAUCCCAUCACCGAAGCUCCACGUCCCCCAUAUGUUCAAGCCUACCAGAGACGACCGCGGGUGGUUCAUCAGCCCCGUAGGACCCAACCCUUGGUGGACGGUGUUGGCUGCGCUCAUCCCAGCUCUGCUCUGCACCAUCUUGAUCUUCAUGGACCAGCAGAUCACUGCUGUUAUUGUGAACAGGAAGGAGCACAGGCUGAAGAAAGGAUGUGGGUACCACCUGGACCUUUUCAUGGUGGCCGUGAUGCUCGGGGUGUGCUCCGUGAUGGGGCUGCCCUGGUUUGUGGCUGCCACCGUCCUGUCCAUCACCCACGUGAAUAGCCUCAAAGUCGAGUCUGAGUGCGCAGCUCCAGGAGAACAACCCAAGUUUCUGGGGAUACGAGAGCAGAGAGUCACUGGCUCCAUGAUCUUUGUGCUCAUGGGCUGCUCUGUCUUCUUCACUUCUGUGUUAAAGUUUAUACCAAUGCCUGUGCUUUACGGCGUCUUUCUCUACAUGGGCGUGUCGUCGCUCGGAGAAAUUCAGUUCUUCGAUCGCUUGAAGCUGUUUUGGAUGCCGGCGAAACACCAGCCGGAUUUCAUCUACCUGCGGCACGUCCCCUUGCGAAAGGUGCACUUCUUCACCGUGAUCCAGCUGAUCUGCCUCGUCCUGCUCUGGGCCAUCAAGGUGUCCCGUGCCGCCAUCGUCUUUCCCAUGAUGGUUUUGGCUCUUGUAUUUGUCCGGAAAGCCAUGGAUUUCUGCUUCUCAAAGCGAGAGCUCAGCUUCCUGGAUGACCUUAUGCCAGAGAGCAAGAAGAAGAAGUUGGACGGUGCCAAAAACGAAGCCAAUGAAGAAGAGGAGUCCCCGAAAAUGAUGGAAGCUGCUGCUGCUGCCGGUUCAGUUCUGCUGAAACUGGGCAAGACCAGCAACUUGGAUAUCCCAAAGCAAAGCAGGGACAGGACUGAUCCUUGCGAGAUUAAUAUCUCGGAGGAAGUGUUGAAAACGAGCGUGUGGAAGGCUCUCACUAUGAACACAGAAACAGUCUGA